AUGCCGCGGGUGGCCGAUUCCGUCUCAUCGUUCCAAUGUGACUAUCCAGAUUGCAAUGCAAAAUAUCGACGUAAAGAGCAUCUAAAUCGACAUCUCAAACAUCACAGCGGGGAAAUCAUCCUUGCCUGUCCUUAUUGUGAGAGUGUCCUAACCAGAAAUGAUCUAUUGCGACGCCAUAUCCGGACUUGUCAUCCGGAGAAACAAGUGCCACCAGCUCAGAAGUCUAAGGCAUGCAGCCCAUGUCACGCACGGAAAGACCGCUGCGAAGGCGGGAUACCUUGCAAUGCCUGUCAGCGUCGCGGCAUCAUUUGUGUAUCUGCUCGAGAGGAAAUCCUGAAUGAACAGGAACUGUGCAUCGAUGAACCCAUAUCAUUGCCAGACGCUUCCACGAUCGAUGAUUACCUCCCUAACCCUUCCCCUUGGGUUGGUUCUGAAUAUAUUGAUAUCUAUUUUGAGAAAUUCCAUCCAGCAUGGCCGUUCCUUCAUCGAGGUACAUUCGAUUUCACGAAGGAGCCUUGUGUGCUUGUCCAGUCUGUUGUCGCAAUAGGAUUGUGGGUUAAAGGCACCCAGGAGGCGCGAGAAGCCUCUUUACGUCUACACGAGAAAUUAUGUUCUGCUUUCUACGCUCAAAUGAACCAAUGGUGCAUUAUUAACUCGAGUCCACACCCUGGACAAAAUACCUCGUGGGCCAUAACAACAUUCCAAAGCGUGCUCUUGAACAUCAUCCUUGCCCUUUUCAUUGUGAAAGAAAAGGCCAGUAUGGAUUUGAGCAUGAGAUUCCGGCUGCCAGAUGAUAAGUACGAGCUUUUGACGGCUCUUGUACAAACCUGCCGACAGUGGGGUAUGUUUUCUUAUCCCAAUAUGCUCCUGCAACAUGACUCCCACGCACCACUCGCGCUUGUAUAUGUGAGCGUUGAAGAGAUCAAGAGAUUCGGACUGUCUCUCUAUAAAACAUGUCGAUUGUGCACGCCGUCUGAGCUAACCAGAGAGCAUGCCAAUGGUGGCAGCAAUGAUCUCUUGACACUGUCUGAUUUGUGUUUCUGCAUGCCAGACAGCGAUGAGCUCUGGAAUGCGCCAGUGAGGUCUGAAACGGAAGUCCUGAGAAGGUCUGGCUCCUCAACCGUGGCACGGGAUAACGGAGACCCCAAAAACUGGGUAUCCGAGGCUUCUGGCCUUCUGCAUGACGCUCGAGUCGGGUUUGACUGGAUAUAA